AUGGUCUCGGGAGUGGAGGCAGUGACUAGUGGUGCUGUUAUGGCCAUCAAAGGCGUGAAAUCUGGUCAGUCCCAAUCAUUGCUAAAGUCUGGGUCAUACUCACGAUCCAAGAGUCAUUCUGAUGGAAAUAAAUGCACUCAUUGUGGGAGUACAAAACAUACAAGGGAUACUUGUUUCAAACUACAUGGCUACCCGGAUUGGUGGCAUGAAUUACAAGCCCGAAAGAAACGGGAUACUCCUGCGAUUGAAGAUAUCCCAGGUCGAGCAGCAGUGGCUACUGCUGACCCUCACUUAUCCCUUGUUCUCGUGGCUGAACAUCCGACUCCAAACACGGAUCAAGGUAAUUGUGGUCAAGUUUUUUGUAGCUCGACUACUCGGAAUGAUGGUGCCUGGAUUAUUGACUCCGGGGCGACAGACCAUAUGACAUUUGAUCCGAAUGACUUCUCCAACGCAACUGUGCCAAGGAGGACUUGCAUUGCCAAUGCCAAUGGGGAUGUUCUCAGCAAGGAGAUUAUUGGGCGUGGUACUAAGAGGAGGGGACUGUAGUACUUGGAUGACUUCAGCCUAGGCCGAGCAAAUCACACGCACCAUCAACUCAGUAGUCAAGAACGGCAAAUUUGGCUAUGGCAUAGGCGCUUGGGGCAUCCCUCCUUUGGCUACAUCCGUCAUCUACUCCCAGGCUUAUUUUCCAGUUUGCAGGCUAUAGACUUUAAAUGUGAUACAUGUAUCAAGGCUAAAAGCCAAUGAGUUUCUUACCCAAUUAGCUUAAAUAAAACUAAUACUCCUUUUGCCUUGAUACACUCUGAUGUGUGGGGACCAUCCCCGAUAACUACUGCCUUUGGGUACCGUUGGUUUGUAAUUUUUGUUGACGAUUGCACUCGAAUGACAUGGCUUUAUCAGCUGAAAACCAAAGCCAAAGUUUUCAC